UCGAAUUUCGCUAUUCCAGAGAACGGCGUGCACAUGCUCCUCUGGGUAGGCUCGGCCGCAUCUCCGGAGUUCGUCCGCGACGUGUUCGGCGCCGCCUCGCCGCAACACAUCGAUACACAAGUGGCCGAACUGCCGGAGCUUGACAACCCUACGAGCCAGGCGGCGCGCGCGCUGGUUGAGGAAGCUAGAGUGAAGCGACGCAAUGCUAUGAGGUUGGACAUAGUGCACCAGUACGACAAACGGGAGGCAAUGUUCCGGCGAUUGCUGGUUGAGGACCGAGGGCUGGACGGCGCCGAUUCCUACACGGAACACCUGCUCAACACUCACAAGACUGUCCAGAAGAUGCUCUAACCCUAAUGCGACAACACGACAAACUAGAAGCGGUCCUACGACACUUCCUUGUGGAGGACCGCGGCGUGGACGGCAGCGCGUCCUACGUGGACUACCUCUGCCACGUGCACAAGGAGAUCCGGGCGAUGCUAUAGCCAGAGUAUUAACACCAGCACCGCUGGCGCCUGGAACACUUCCUCGACUGGUGAGCGACAUUGUCAAACGCAUAGGCCGAGUCUGUUAAAUUUCUUUUACCAAAUUUUGGACGGAACAUUAUCAAAAGCUUUGGCGGGGUCUGUUAAUCUUAUAAAAUAUUGAACUAGUUUAUACAAGUUAUUGCCUUUAUCAAAUAACGAUGGAUAAAUAAGUUAAAAAUCGAUUGACGUAUGAGGCAAUGAUUCAUUUAACUUUAAAAGAAGUGUUGAUUGAAGUUGUCUUAAAACUUACUUGUACUUAUACUUGUUUUGUCUAAAACUCUGUUUCCCUUAAUGUACAAGGUUAACUUAACAUAUUGCUUUAUCUAAACAUAAAUACCUUUUUGUUUAAAUCUUAAAAGUUAUAAGCACUAAAAUACGUCCUUGCGAUACUCGUGACAUUGAGCAUUACGUAGUACGUAUGUCUAUGAUACACUAGAAUUGGUUGUAAGAUUCAAAGGCUGUACCUAUAUUAGUAAAUUGUAGGAUAAAUCGUGGUUAUUACUUCAAAAAAUAUUGUAUUACAGCCUUAUUGUAUUUCUUGUAUUGUAUAAAUGUAAAAGAAAAUUAAUGAAUUCAUGUUCAAUUAUUAAAAUGAAAUGAAAUUUCGCUCACCAAUCGAAUGAAAAGUUUCCAGCGAAUACAGUUUUCGAUUGAUGCAGUGAUCGAUUUUUUACAUUCACUUACUGUUUAAUGUAAUAUAAUUAUUAUUAGCAUACAUAAAUGAUAGUGUAAUAAUUAAAUCCAUUCCGAACGCAUGUGUCAAAGUAUACAAAAUAGUAUUUUACAUAAGUUCGAAAAAUCUUUCACUGCAUCAGUGUUAAAGUAAGUGUGUGAGUGAUGAAUGUGUGACAACCGAUGAAAUGACAAUUAUCCGAUAGUGUCACUGCCUCUAUUUCUUUUCUUCAAAUUUUCAUGGUAAUGUUACUAUUAAAAAAACAUCUAGUACAUUGGGCAUGUAGCUUUUAUUAAUAAAAUUAUAAUUUAGUCGAUGCUCGAAAAUUUUAAAGUACUUACCCUAAAUUACCAUGGAAAUUGUAAUCCAUAGACACUGGAAAGUGUACAGCAUCAAUAACUGUAUUUUGUCGAGUAUUGUUUGUAGUCGGAUAAUGGCAACACUGAGAUGACUGACCAAUAUUGUACAGUGCAAUAAAUAUAACUUUGCUAAAUAAACUUAAAAAGUGAACGCAGAGCUAUACUUUUUGCAUAUUAUAAAAUGUUGCCAUGCUAUAGCAUUAGCAUAGGAUAUUUUCAAGAUUACACUGUUAGAAAUUUUACGGUUAAUAAUAAAUAAUAUUAGAAUAGAGAUUUUGUAAAAUAAAUCGUGAAUUUCAGGCGGAAUCAAUAAUUUUAUUGUUUUUAUUUAAUCAUUCUUAUUUAGUUAUUGUUAAUGUCUAACAUAAUGUUUCGCGCGAAGCCGUUUACUUUCUUAUGAUAUUAAACCGAGCGAUAGUUGUAGAAGUUUUAUUAUUAUCUUGUAUGUAUGUAUUUCAGUAUCUGUAAGACGCGAAUGUAAUGGAGUGUAAAUAAAUAUAUUGGCAUUAUUAUUUUCA